UGUGUAAAAAAUGAAUAAGUGAAGUUUUUUUACGAGCUUAAAAAAAGAAAAUAAUUUUAUUUAUUCAAUAUAUUUUAUUAAUACAAUAAAUUAUUUAAAAAUACAACUACACAAAUAUAACUCUUCAGCAUAACCAUUGAAAUAUAAAAACAAAAACUACGUCUAAGUAAAAAUUGUCAUCGUAAAGAUGACAAAAAUAAAUAAAAUGUUAAUAACAACACCUCUUAUGAGGAAGCCAAUGACGUUGGCCAAAUCAAUAUUUGUCUUUUUAAUAAUUGCGGCAUUUCUACGUGACCAUCUAGUGGAGGCACGUAAACAUCAUUUGGAAGUUCGAACCGAUGAUCGUCCCUAUAUUGCCUUGUCAACGUUUGGUUUCUAUACGAAUGGCCAUUUAAAUGUUAAUCUUAGCAAAUUGGUGUUGUCCUCGGAAACGGGUAAUGAAAAGCUGGGUUUGUCUUUGGACAAGACUACCAUCGAUCAAAUGAAUCCUUAUUUGGAUUCUCAUCAAAAUAAAUGUUUAUUGGAAGAAUCUUGGAGUCUUCAAAGAAGUGGUCCAAUUUUAUUCUUUUUAUUUGAUUUGAAGAAUUUACAAGUCCAUGUAAAAUGCUCACCCGAAUGGCGCAAUCAACACAUCUACAAGGACAGCUCAAUGUUUCCCAUGUACCGUGGCAAACGACAAUCAAAAGUGCAUACAACUCAAAAUAGACUAGUUUUAGGACCCCGUCGUAGACGUGAUGUUGCACCACACGAAGGAGAAGCCAACGGCGAAAAUAUGCCACCAGUUUUACUCAAUGAAGAACAACUAAUGGAUGACGAUGAUUCGUACGAAGCACCCGCAGUCCCCUCUAAACCAACAGCAGCUGCCAAAAAAGUCAAAGAAGAACAAGUUAUAGGUGAAAAUCCUGUAGCAGAAGAAAAAACUCAAGGAAGCGGUGAAAAGAAAGUUGAAUCAUCCGAAAAGUCUUUAAACCCACCUACCAUGCCAGCAGCUGUGAUGCAACAAGCUCCAGAUUAUUCCUCAAAGGAAAAUGUACAAAAUCCAUUUUGUAAAAAUUUAAUUCUGCCCUUAACAAGGACAAAUGUGGAUGGUGUAAAUUAUUAUAAUAUGUCGUUUUCUAUGUUUGUGGGUUCAUUGCGUGAGGAGGGUCUUUAUAAUUUAUAUUUCCAUAAUUGUGAGAACUAUCAUGGUUUCGAUAAAGAAGUUUCAUUUGUGGUUGAUAUUGAAGAAAACAAUAAUGGCAACUAUUUGUCAGCUGGAGAAAUGCCUUUGCCCGCUUUAUAUUUAAUGAUGUCUUUACUAUUCUUUUUGUCUGGUCUAUUUUGGGUAUUUAUCUUAAAAAAGAGCAAACACACCGUUUACAAAAUUCACUACAUAAUGGCGGUUUUAGUAUUUUUAAAAUCAUUGUCUUUAAUGUUCCAUUCAAUAAAUUAUCAUUUUAUUGAAACCAGAGGAGAACAUGUGGAAGCAUGGGCCAUUUUAUACUAUAUUGCUCAUUUACUUAAAGGAGCUGUACUAUUCAUAACCAUCGUUUUAAUUGGCACCGGUUGGACAUUUAUCAAACAUAUACUAUCCGAUAAAGAUAAGAAAAUCUUUAUGGUUGUAAUACCGUUACAGGUUUUAGCCAAUGUUGCUGAAAUUAUUAUCGAAGAAUCCGAGGAAAGUGAUGCUGAAUACCGAACCUGGCAUAAUAUAUUCAUAUUUGUUGAUCUGCUAUGUUGUGGUGCCAUAUUAUUCCCGAUCGUCUGGUCGAUACGUCAUUUACAUGAAGCCUCUGCCACCGAUGGCAAAGCUGCCAUUAAUUUACGUAAAUUGAAAUUAUUCCGCCAAUUUUACAUAAUGAUCGUUUGUUAUAUCUACUUUACACGCAUUAUUGUUUAUUUGCUUAAAAUGACGGUGGCCUUCCAAUAUGCCUGGUUGGAUGAAAUGUUCCGUGAAAUGGCCACUUAUGUUUUCUUUGUCUUGACGGGCUAUAAAUUCCGUCCAACAUCAUCACAUCCUUACUUUGAUGUGGACGAUGAUGAUGAUGACGACGAUGAGGUUGAAGUUUUAACCGAAUCGGGUCUCACACAUAAUAUACAUCGUACUAAGGCACAAAAUCGUAAUGCUGUGUCGAGUACCACCAUUAUUGAGGGUAAUGAUGAGGAGAAAGAGAAUUUAAUUUCUAAACGAGAAUCAUCACAUGAAUAUGAUUAGAAUUUAUGUUGUAGGAAAGUAUUUAAAAAGAGAAACAAAAUAUGUUUGCAAAAGAAAGAAAAACUAUAAAUGAUUUAUUUAUAUUAAAAAUUUAUGGUUUAGGAAUUUGCUCCUCUCACACAUACACAUUUUCUAUUAAGUCUAGACUGAAACAAAAAGAUGAAAAAAAACUAAGAAAACUUAUAUUAAAAAUAGUUUUUCUUUUGUAUUACUUUCAAUAAAAAAAAUAAACAACUAGAUUUUUAGUAUGUACUUUAAACUUUAUAAAAGCAAUAAAAUAUUUAAUUUUGAACAAAAUAUUUUAAAUAGAAUUUCGCAAAAGUCUUAAAUAUUAUUAUUUUUUAUAACAAUUACAAAUACAUACAUACAUUUCAAUAGUGCCAAUGAUUUACAAGAGUUUAAUACUAAACAUAUAAAAAGGCCAGACAUUUGGAAUAUAAAAUUUGUUUUAGCUUCUUUUAUUUGCAAAUUUUUUUUAAUAACUUUUGAAUUUGUUUAAUUGUUUUAAAAAGUAAAAGCCUUUUCCAAAAAUCGACUGCCUGUUGUUCGGUGUUUGUAUGAAAACCAUUCCAAAAUAAUUUUAAAAAAGUGAUUGCUUUUCAUGUAAGUUUUUUCCAACUCAAACAUCGACUUAAACGGAAUUUUAAAUAUUUUUGCAAUAAAUUUAAUUUAUUACAAUUCGAACACAACAUUCUAAAUUUAUGUAUUGUAUAUUAUUAUUUAAAAAAAAAUUUCCACAAAAGUUAAAUGAAAAUCUUUACAAAAAACUUAAACAAAACAACAAAGAAAUCAUAA